CUCGGAGCCACUUAGGCUGCGCGUGUGUUAUGUGUGCUAUGGACUCAGCCCAGUAAUAUUGACAAUAGGGUUGAAGGGAAAUUACACCCCCAAAAACCAACAAGACUAACGAAAAACCACCACAAAAUAACCACGAGGAGCUGCUCACAUUAUCAAUGCAGGGAAUGUGAAACAUUUGGAAUAUAUUUCUUUUGGUUUUUAAUGGGACUCAGAGGAUUAUUUCGUUAGAAGGUAAAAGAGACAGAGAAAGGGGGUGCUGCUGGGUUUGGCUAUUUGAAAAAGACCAGCGUUUUUUUAUUUUUUAUUAUUUUAUUUUAUUUUUUUUAAAUUUUCAUUUAACAAGUCUUUGCUGCUGCCGGCUUUGGGGAGCGUCUUACAAACUUAAAGGAUUUACACACAGCGACAAAAAAGCAGCUAGCCCUCACCAUAGUACUUGCCGGGGAGCGCGAUCCACCAUCUCUGCUUCUCCAAAGAAGAGGAUCAAGUAGGGAUAUGUCCUCAGCAGCCACCUCUCCGCCAUCAGUUGACAAAGUGGACGGAUUUUCCCGGAAGUCCGUCAGAAAGGCGAAGCAGAAGAGGUCACAGAGUUCCUCUCAAUUCCGAUCUCAGGGAAAACCAAUAGAGUUAACCCCUCUGCCUCUUCUGAAAGACGUUCCAGCUGCAGAACAGCCAGAACUGUUCCUUAAGAAAUUACAGCAGUGCUGCAUAGUGUUUGACUUCAUGGACACAUUAUCAGAUCUCAAGAUGAAAGAGUAUAAGCGCUCCACUCUCAAUGAGCUUGUUGACUAUGUCACAGUGAGCAGAGGCUAUUUAACAGAGCAAGCAUAUCCUGAAGUAGUGAGAACGGUCUCCUGCAAUAUUUUCAGAACUCUUCCCCCCAGUGACAGUAAUGAGUUUGACCCUGAGGAAGACGAGCCGACCCUUGAAGCAUCCUGGCCACAUUUACAACUUGUAUAUGAAUUUUUCAUAAGGUUUUUGGAGAGUCAAGAGUUCCAGCCCAGUAUUGCCAAAAAAUAUAUAGACCAGAAAUUUGUAUUACAGCUAUUGGAACUUUUUGACAGUGAAGAUCCACGAGAACGAGAUUAUCUGAAAACGGUCUUGCACAGAAUUUAUGGAAAGUUCCUUGGUCUUAGAGCUUUUAUACGAAAACAGAUUAAUAAUAUUUUUCUACGAUUUGUUUAUGAAACAGAGCACUUCAAUGGUGUAGCAGAACUUUUGGAGAUCCUUGGCAGCAUAAUCAAUGGCUUUGCUUUGCCGCUUAAGGCAGAACACAAGCAAUUUCUGGUGAAAGUGUUGAUUCCUUUGCACACAGUCAGGAGUUUGUCUCUCUUCCAUGCACAGUUGGCGUAUUGUAUUGUACAGUUUCUAGAAAAAGAUCCAGCAUUGACAGAACCGGUUAUCAGGGGCUUGUUAAAGUUCUGGCCGAAAACUUGUAGUCAAAAGGAGGUUAUGUUUCUUGGGGAACUAGAGGAGAUCCUUGAUGUCAUUGAACCAUCCCAGUUUAUCAAAAUUCAAGAACCACUCUUCAAACAGAUUUCUAGAUGUGUAUCCAGUCCACAUUUCCAGGUGGCAGAAAGAGCACUGUAUUACUGGAACAAUGAGUACAUUAUGAGCUUGAUAGAAGAGAAUUCCAAUGUCAUCUUACCCAUCAUGUUUGCUAGCCUUUACAGAAUCUCCAAGGAGCACUGGAAUCCGGCAAUUGUCGCAUUAGUCUAUAAUGUUCUCAAAGCAUUUAUGGAAAUGAACAGUACGUUAUUUGAUGAGCUGACAGCAACCUACAAGUCUGAUCGACAGCGUGAGAAGAAAAAGGAAAAGGAACGGGAAGAGCUGUGGAAAAAACUGGAGGAUCUGGAGCUGAAGAGAGGCUUAAGAAGUGACGGGAUAAUUCCAACUUAACAGAAGAAAGCUGCGCUGUUAGCCUAUGGAUACACAUUUAUGUAGUAUGAGAUGGAGCAACAGUUUUCUGUGUUGUGCAACUUACUUUACAGUAGAUUCUCACGUCUGUUUCAUUAUUUCAGCAGCACUGUAAAUAACUUUACUUUUCCCUUAAAUAUAAUGCCGAAAGGAAAAAUUAAAGAGAAAACUAAGAACUUAGUCCAAUGAUGGGAUGGUAGACAAACUUUAAACAAAGAAAAAUAAACUGCUCUGUAAAUUUAAAAAUUGUUUUAACCCCCCACCCUCCUUCUUCAGCAAACAGUUUUCCCUCCUCCUCCUCCUUCUUGUUUGGGUGCUGCAUUAAAUGUGUGAAGAAGACUUGCAACCACAGUGAUCCAUUGUAUAGAAAAAGAAGUUCCAUAUUUAUCCUUUGGCAAAUAAAGAGAGGAAGCAUCUCCAG